AUGUUUGCUCUGUUCUGGAAACUAUUGCAAAUGGCUGAUCAUGGUCCAAAAGUAGUGCUUGUAGAGCAUCGAAAAGCUCUCCGGAACUCCAAAUGGCUCACCAUAGCUACAACUUGCGAGAAAACAGAGCAUGGCAGUGCCUGUGGAUUUUGGAGGCCCGUGAAUAAUAGGGUACAUGUCAUAUCUGUUACCAGUUUAUUAUCGCUAGCUGAAUUCGAUGUGAAAAUUUUCAGGGAUAGGGGUACUGUUUGGUAA